GGCGGCGCACACACGGCUGCGGCCAGCCGCUCGUGCAGUACGUUUGUGCAGUCCGCUCUUGCGCUGUUGCAAUCAUUGCCUUUCGUCCGCGGUCCAGUGCACUGUGUACCCACGCCGCGUCUUCCGCGCAGCAGGUGAGGUUGGGGCCGGCGGCGUGGCUCCGGUCGCUUAGAAUUCACCCGGCGCGGUAUUGAUCGCAUCCCGUCCUCUUCGACUGUUUCAAUGUUUAUAAACAGCCGGUCGCAUCCAUUCGUUCCCUCUUGUUUUUGAAACGUUUGUCCGGGUGCAAGCAGUUUGGAUAACUGAUCCUGAAGACACCGAAAACACCAGACACCAUCGUAGGAUUCAGUGCAAAUCUUCGUACCUAAUCGCAAAGAGAGACAUUUAAAACGCAGUGACGUCGUUACGUAUAUGCAGACAAAAGUUUCUUCAAAUGACAAUGUGAACACGUUUUACACAACGAACGCGGAACUGUGAAUUAGCGGUCGUGUGUUUAAUGGUAUAAAGGUACAAUUAAAGGGACAGCCAUGCUGUCCUACAUGGUGCCCGUAGAUGAGAAACCGCCCCCAGUGCCUGGCAAGAACCGCAUGAAUUUGGAACUGAUUGCUAGCCCCGGUAGUCCAGAGACUUCAGCCCGAAGAACUCGAACGAAUAUUUCGAAGGAGUCCUCAACUAGUUCAUUUGCAAGUGACUUAACGAUAUCGUCGUCUACACCGACAGGGGCCUACGAUAAACCAAAGCAUAAGCUACUUAGUAAUGGAAGCAAACACACUUCAUUGAAAAGGGUGUCUUUUGGGAGCUCCAAGGGGUCCAUGGUAGAGACGCUUAUCUACGAGAGCCCACUGCAAGAGGAACCUGAGUGCAGCCCACCGCCGAAGUUUCAAGAAACUGCGUUCCCGUAUACGCCCGUCGAAGACGAUUCGGAGCGUUCGAAGGUCCGUGUAUCCUUCUACCAAGGGGCACGUCCGCAGUGUCUGUCACCGCCACCAGCUCAGUCAGAGUCGCACGUGCUUUACGCGGACUUACUGUCUGCUGCUGCAAACGUCGACAUGGCGGAUCAUGCUAUGUAUAACAGGCAAAUCAGCACUGAAAGCGGUUGGGAUAACCCAUUCCGCCCAGAUGGCGACCUAAGCCGUGAAGCAGAUGAGAUCGUUUCACUGAUCAAGGGUGGCAAGCCAAUCACGCCUACACCACCCAUUAUCAAUCAGAUGCCAGUAUGUGAUGAGAAGGAGGAAAAAGUUCACGCUAACAACGUCAAUGCUAGCCCUCCGGCUCCGCAAACCAAAGUAGCGAGCCCGGUGCAUCAGAGCACCCCUAAAACUGCCAACGGCACUAAAAACGGAACAGCGAUGCCGGAAGUGCGCUCCGGCCAGGUGGAGGUGCAACGCUCGCCACCACAGGAACCGCUGCAGCCGGAACACGUGACCAUCAAGAAGAAGCAGAAAUGCAAAUGCUGCGCCAUCCAGUAAGCUCCACGACCCAUGUCAACGCCGGUAACACGCUAUGCUUUUCAAUACUAGCAUAUUUCGAUUUCGGUGUUUACUCGGUGCUAUAUCAUUUUACACUCGUUCUACAAGAAGUACCUAAAAUUCAUGUUCAAAUUAUCCAGAAAGUCUAUGUGUUCAAUCGUAUUACAAAUUAUCGCAUUACAAGUCUGGCCUGUACUUUAGUGUACUUCAAUUUUUUUAUAUACGUUUGUUUUAUUAUUUGAAGUUGCAUUGCAUAGUGUAACUGUUUCUGUUUUAUCCGUUAAUAAACUUUACAUUAUAAGUAUUUGUGACAGUUAUAGAGAUAUUCAUCAUUCGACUAGUCUGGGUGAUAUAUUCGAUUCAGUUUUAGAUUAUGUGUGAUUAUCGGAAAUACAAGCGGCCCACCACAGUGUUUGAUUUAAUUAUGAUUUAGUACACAACUUGAUAGAGAAUCUCAACAGGAUUACUCCAGUAUAAAAUUAAUUAAAUAUAUAAAAAUAAAAGGAAACAAAUAAAUUAUAUUUAAUCGAAAUAUUUUCAAAUUAUUGUGACAAAAUAUUUCAAUAAUUAUAUUUGUUAUCAUUUUAAAAAGAUCACCCUGAGGUGUUUUGUAUCAUAAAUUAGGAAUCAAACAAUUAUUAUUUAUUUUAAAACUGUUACUGAGUUAAUCUGUGUUGAAUAAUGUUUAAAUACAUAAUUUAAAUGUAUAUUUUUAUAUGUUUAUUUAUGAAGAAGUAUUAUAAUCCUUAAAUUAUAAUUUACCUAGUGUUUAGAUAUAUCAGCGACAGUAAUGAAAAUAUUUUCACUUAAUAUAUGCAUGCUUAAAUGGUGUCAUAAUUCAUACUUAGUGGGAUACUGUCAGCUGUUAUGAAGGUUGUACUGACGAUGAGAGAUAAAAGCAGUAAUGAUCUCGUUUAAUCGAUUUUUAAAAUAACAUUAAAUAAAUAUAGGACAUGUUGGAUUUAAGACUGCUUAUUGAUAUGAGCUUGUACUAGCACCUCCAUAGUAUUUGAUAGUAGCCCAUGAUAUUGAAAUCGUCUAUAAAUGUAUUCCCCGAAUCCCUUUAGCUGCAGGCUUACGUCCAAUACCAUGAAUGUAUGUACAUAAUAUUAAUAAGAUUGUGACUUGAUUGUAACAUCACUCGUCUAUAUGUUUAGGUAAAAAUGUAUCCUUAUCGUAUUCUGUAUUUGUCAUGAAACUCCGUGGCCAAGUAGGGUGCUCGUUAAUCUGUAAUAAGUGGUUAGUGACAAAUUUUAUUUAUCAGACGAUUCGUAUUAAAAAAAAAAAAAGAUUCUUGACAGAACAGUACUAAGCUACCUUUCCUAUUGUAUUUUGUUUCAAAUAAAAUGUAUGGACUUAUUAAUUAUAUCAAGUAAUUGUAACAAUAGUGCUGUUAUAGAAUAAAAAUCAAUCGAUAUAAUAAUUAUAUAGAUAGGGAUGAUGGAAACGAAAUGAUGGAACGAGACAUGAAAAUGAAACUUCGUGUAUUACUUAAUAAAAGUUUGUGAAAAAUAUAACAAGAUUACGUUUCCUCUCUGAAUGUAAUAUUUCCUUAAGUAGAUAGGUGAAUAGAAUGAUAAUGUUUAAGACAAUUUAUGAGUCCGGUUAUAUUUUAAUGGUGGUUAUUUAAAAACUAAUAAAUUAUUUUGACAUACAACAUAGAUUUCGUUUGUAAGUUUAAGCAACAUUGAAGCGAGGACAGUCCGUAGUUGAAACGUUAUGACUUAUGAUAUUGAUACAUUUUGAAAUUAAAUUCGAUCCGAGUAAUGCAAAUGGGUAUGAAUGUGAUUUUUCCGACUAUUCUAGAGCAUUCGAUUAUUUGUUGAUAGAUACAGCAUUGCUUGGUAGUUAUUUUAAACAAUCCGCGC